UAAAAGUAGCCUAGACAAAAUCAUCAAAAUAAACAAAAGAAAAAAUAAUUUGUAUAAAAGGGAGACGGGUGCGAAAGAAACGCCCUUUAUCUUUUUUUCCUCUUUUAAAUAUUAGAACAGAGAUGUUAGCAUGGCUUCAGCACAAGGAAGACACUCUCGUCUCUGUUCGUUUCCAUCGGGCAGUGUUCCAAAGGCCGUAGUAUUCCCAAACAGGUUUACAUUAGAGGAGUCUGUUGGUGUGUCAAAGUCGCUGGGCAAUAAGGGUUUUGCGCGCAGCCGUGUGGGAUCUUUAUUUGUCUGUAUCGCUUCAUUCGCUUACAAUCUGACUUGGGCAGCUAAAGAUGGACCUCCUCCUAGACAGUUACCUCAUCUACACGGAAUGUUCGCCUUAAAGCCAUUACCCGUCCAGGUGCGGCUGCUACGACUCAGUUGCCAGGAUUUUAAGGAGCGAGAUAAAACUGCUACAUUAGUAGCAUGUACCGAUUCUGUGAGUAGCUUUGGACAAGUCUGGCAGAUAAAUGAUGUUUCCAAUCCUGUAAUGAACAAUAAGUGUGGAGAGAUACUUAUACUUACAAUAUUGAGUUUAAUGAAUCACUUCAAAUUUGUCACAAUUGAAACUAUCUCUCAAAUUAGACAUUCUUUAAAUGUUUCUCAGGCUGAAAAGGUACAACAGAUUCCUAAAUUACGUUCAAGCGACAUCACAAUUAUGAAAAUCUUCGGCUGA